GCCAGAGCGCAAACAGCAGCAGAGUGGAUGCUGGAGAGCUGAGAGACGAGGAGAAAGCGGGGGAAGGCCAGAGAAAUCACUCCUGUCGUGACAUGUGGAGACAGUAAAACUAACCUCAGCGCAGCGUCAGUGUCCGAUCAGAGGUGAAAGUAGAGAAGAGGAGCGAAAGAAAAACGGAGCUCCUGAUCUUUCCCCCGCUUCAGCACCGCGGGGAGGAGACACGCAGAGGAGGAAAGAUUCCCCUAAACGCAGUGAGAGCGUCGGAUGAGGAGAAGAGGAGAGCGGAGGGCAUCGGAUAGGCAACAAGGAUGGCAGCUCCAGACUUAUUGGACCCUAAAUCCGCCACUCACAACACCAAGCCCCGCCUCUCCUUCUCCACAAAGCCAAUCACACUGACUCCCCGGGAGGAGAGUGAGGUGGUUGCCACGGUGAUGAAAUGGAAGACGGUGACAGCCAUCUUCUCUUUGGUGGUUCUGUACCUGGUGAUGGGAGCAGCAGUCUUCAGAUCCCUGGAGCAGCCUCACGAGAGUGCCCAGCGUUUGGCCAUCCUGGCCCAGAAGCUGGAGUUUCUGUCCAGACACACGUGUGUGAACCAGAGUCAGCUGGAGGAGCUGGUUAAGCAAGUUGUAUCUGCUAUCCGUUCAGGUGUAAACCCUGCAGGGACACUGACCAACCACAGCAGCCUGUGGGACCUGAACUCUGCCUUUUUCUUUGCUGGCACUGUCAUCACAACCAUUGGUUUUGGAAACAUCUCUCCCCACACAGAAGGUGGAAGAAUAUUCUGUAUCGUCUACGCGUUGCUAGGGAUCCCUUUGUUUGGCUUUCUCUUGGCUGGUGUAGGAGAUCAGCUCGGCACCAUAUUCGGCAAGGGCAUCGCCAGAGUGGAGAAGAUGUUUGUGCACUGGGACGUCAGUCAGACAAAGAUCCGGGUUAUCUCAACCCUGCUGUUUGUGUUGUUUGGCUGCCUGCUGUUUGUGGCGCUCCCAGCAGCCAUCUUUAAGUACAUUGAAGGUUGGUCUGCGCUGGAGUCCCUUUACUUUGUGGUCAUCACCCUGACCACCAUUGGAUUUGGGGACUUUGUAGCAGGUGGGUCAGAUAUAGAGUACUUGGACUACUAUAAACCAGUUGUAUGGUUCUGGAUUCUGGUGGGACUGGCCUACUUUGCUGCCAUCCUCAGCAUGAUAGGAGACUGGCUAAGAGUCAUCUCCAAGAGGACGAAAGAAGAGGUUGGAGAGAUUCGUGCUCACGCUGCAGAGUGGACGGCCAACGUCUCAGCCGAGUUCAAAGAAACCCGUCGACGUGUUAGCGUCGAGAUCUAUGAUAAGUUCCAGCGUGCAGCGUCAAUCAAACGCAAACUGUCCUCGGAGCUGGGGUUCAGCCCCGCCCCAGAGCUCACUCUGCCUAAGAGGGCCGUGUCGGUCAACUUCAACGACGAACGGGACAAGAACGAGAGGGAGGCCGGGCUGCAGGGCCUGACGACACCUCUGGCCAGAAAUGGUGGUUUGUACAUGAACGGCCUGGACCCAGAGAGAGGAGAUAUCUCAAUCAUUGAACACCUCAAGUAGAAAGACGAAGGCCGGCAGCACCUUUAAGAUCUUUUCAAGGCCUUUUCAUUUAUCAUCAUUUAUGGCGUCAGUGCUGAGACCAGACCUGCUUGACCAAAUGAACUGGUUCAAUUCACAAAUUAAGUAUAAUGAGAAUGUGGUACCUUGUGAGGGACAUCUUCACCCCUCUACAGGGGAGGCUGGAGUCACAGCCUUGCCCAGCAAGUGGAUUUUUGACAUCUUUCUCACCUCACCACCCUCAUCCCUGCAGUGUCAGUCAGCUGUCAAAACUUGCUAAAUAACAAUGAAGAGUUACAUUUCUGACAUAUUGUAUACAGAAACAUUACAGUAUUUGGUGAAGUAUGUUGAAAAGUCAGAGGAAUGUCCAAGGUGCCUGGCUGUGUUUGCACCACUUCAGUAUUUUCCACAAUACGUUUUUACUACACAGCUUUACGACGUAUGAGCAAUUGUUUCAUUUUCUUUUGGCUUUUUUCUUUUUACUUUCAUCGUUGGACAGGUGAUAGAAUAGAGACAGACAGGAGAGAGAGGAUGUGACGUGCAGCAAAGGUUUCUGGGAUGUGAUGAUGUCAGGACUGUAAAAGUGAAAGACAGUUAUGUCUGAAAUACAAAGAUGGUGGCCUCUGAUGGGGAGAGGCAGAUUUUGUGCUAAAUGACUGCUGAAUGUAAAGAUAUUGAGAUUGUGAAGAUGGGAGGGAGGUGAUGUUGUUUGAACUGCAGAUGAGAUGGUGCAGUUGUACUGUACUGAACUACAAAGAUGGAGGAAUGUGAUGUUGAUCAAGCUACAAACUGAGUACUGAGACUCUGUGUGGACUGUGGGGAGCAGGUCUUUUACAUUUAGACUAGUAUUGUUUUUCUUAUUUUCCACUUGGGGAAAAUAAAAACUAUACUUACUGCACCAAAGCUUAUCUGAAAUAUAAGACAAGUCUGAGUGGUUUAAACUCCUAAACUCCUAAACUAAUAUUUAUAAUCUGAAGCUUUUUGCUGCCUGUUUUAUAGAGUAACUCAGAUAAAUUUUAUUUGAUCAGUUUUGUCACCAGUUAUGACACUUUGUACUUAUUAUCUUUUACUAGUUGCUGUCAGAUAUAAUCACCUCUGCAAACUGAAAAGCAGUGCUGUUAUAUGGCCUUUUUAAAAAUAUAUUUUGCUCCCACAGUUUGUUGGUAAAUGUUCUAAUCUACAGUUUUACCAACAACAAAUAUAAGCCAUGACUUUCAGUCACUGUAUGCCAAAUAUUAUUUUUAUUUCACUGUAAAACUUCCUUCCCACUAUAUAAACAUGUUGUUGAGUGACUAAACAGUUACCUGUACCUGGACCCAACAGUAAGAAACUUUUUUAUAAGAGCUGAUAAUUGAACAAGUCUGACCACUGUGGUUUUCAGUGGCAGCCAUGUUGGUCCUACAGUCCUGUUGUUUAAAGUGUAGUAAGUUGCCAUGACUGUAAAUCUUUUGUAAUAUUGUCAUCUCAACACCUUGGUUUUGACUGAGGGCAUCGUUACAUAUCUGCCACUAACUCUUCUUAGUUUUGGAGAGGAGGCAGAGCCUGUAUGUGGUUUGAAGUGGUGUCUCUUUCUCUUAUCCUGGGUAUAAUUUUAAAAGUACUGAGAGCACCAGUUGGAUCUGUAAGGAGAUUUGUCAAAUCAUUACUGUGCCUUAAACUCCUUAUUCUGCCUACAAGGCCAAGCACACCACACUGUGAGGUGCAACAACUGAUUUCACAAGUGUUCAAAUGAGGAAAUCUCAUAUGUCUAUUUAUAUGUUCUCUGUAACAAUUUGGAUUACUUCAGCUGAGGGAAGUUUAUAAGCCCAGUGCUGAUUGUGAAUUCAGCCUAACAAAUCUAAAUCAGUUGUUCACACUCAUGAUGUUCUACAGGCCUGGAUCCACAUAUGAUCAUGUUCAUCCAGUACCUUGUGUUUUACAUAACAAUAUCAUUUGUACGGCUCAGUGGAUGAAGUAAGUAGACUGUUGCAGGUUUGAUUGUUUCAUUUUUUCAGUGGCUGGAAGCAGUCACAUAUGAAUGAUGACACAGUGUCCCUUUGAGCCAGUUGGUCAACCAUUAAACUGUUUGUCUGUGUGUGCAUUUUAUAACGUAUGACUAUACUGUAACAGAGUAUUAUAUUCAGCAAAUGUUUACUCUCUGUUGACUAACCCCAAGCUGCUAUGAUUGACAGUGAAUGCCAUCUCUGAGAUGUUCAGUCACACAUGUAACAACAUUUCUUGCAAACAACCUUUGAAUUGUGGGUUGUCAAACUUGAAUCUCCAAUUUUAAAAGAUUUAAUCACUUCACCCUUGACAUCAUUUUUUAAUGCCCAGCUUCCAGACACACACACACACACACACACACACACACACACACACACUGAGGGUUUUCUUCCAUGUGUGUAUGCCUGCCGUUGAAAAUGCACUUUGAUUUAACAGCCUUUAAACGUAACAACAUGCUGCAGCUCCCACAGCUAACCAGUCCAUCCAGUCAGAAGGCUUCGAUUUUGUUGUUAUGAGGCAUUAGUACACGGUUUGACACACAAACUUUUAACCUUUAGAUUACUGCUCACAUACACGGGGAGUUUCAAACCAAUUUAUAUUUUAAACCUGAACCAGUUCAGGUAUACCAAUUAUUUGAUUUUUUUUUUUCUAGUCCUGAUUGACUGGUAUGUGUGAAAGUGAUGUGGAUUCAUUUACUAAUAGAUGAACUAACUAGUCUUUCAGACACCCACUGGACAUAAGUGGACUUAUAUCCUAUUAAGUUUUGACUUUUACUAUAGCUGUUUGUUUUUUUUUUAGUUCAUCAUUAACUCAGAGUCUGUAUGGUUCAGUACUAACACUGAAUGGAAACAGUAGUGGCAUUACACAGUGUUGUAGCUGGUUGGUCUGACCUUGCCUUCUCUCUUUGCUCUUCGGUUUAUCAGCAAACAGACGACAUUUUUACACAAUCAUCUUUUUAGCUGAGCUGAAAUGAGACUAACUCUAAGACGUGUUCAUUUUCUGCUAAUGUGGUAGAUAUGCCGAUGCUUUUUAUGACAGCAAUCAUGAAAACUCUGUAUUUUUCUAUUCUGUAUGUUUCUACACUGAUGUGAGUCUGGGAGAACACGUGGUA